AUGGAUAAGGUACCCAGCGUUCUGUACCGCGGCGAAGCCUGUCCGCUCUCCUUCGUGCUACAUAAGAUCAUAUCUCUGCUGCAGGAGGAAAAGAAACCUAUGCAUCUGUUGCAGAUAGAAAAUUAUCUCCGUACGAACGGGUUUAACGGUAUAGACGUAUGCAAUAACUCGAGCAUUCUCGAGGGGCUACGCAACGUGAACCGGGUGUACUUUGACACUGAACGGAAACAACUAUCUUACGUAAAUCCUUAUGAAUCCAUUGCUAGCGCUGAAGCUUUGCUGGCCAAAAUUAAUCAUUCGUGCCAAGUAUCAGGCAUAAGAGUUACCAACGAGAUGAUCUUUGCCAAUGAUUCCAUGCCCAAGUGGAUCAACGAGCUCCUGGAAAAACGAAAGCUGCGCUGUAUCAGGCCAAACUCAUCUAACCUAAAGGGAAAAUUCAAGUGUCGCUUUAUUGGAACCUCUAAGCAGUGCGAUAUUUACAGCAAGAACAAGUGCCACGAGUGCUUUCAUAACCUACAGGAUCUCCUACUCUUUCCCCUGGGGAAAAAGGAGUUUGAGGAGGCACGUUUUCAGUUGGAUCAAGACAUCAAAAAUGUAUGGGAUUCGGCUGUAUUGCCGCCCUUGGAUGAACUGAUACGAAACCACAAUUUGGAAACUCCUACAAUAAAUAUUGCAAAUAAAAGGGAAAAGAAGAAAGGCGGGGAUAAUAUUCCGGGACUCAGGAACAAAAUGCGUCGCAUCUACAACACUCAUCUUUUCACAGUGCAGGAACUCAGGAAUGACUAUAAAAAAUCUCAACUUGAAAAACGUUCCAAUUGA